AUGAAAAGAAAACAACAAGACGAGAAGGAAAGAACAAGAGGCAACAACGACCUUCAUGUGAAACGAACUCGAUCAAGUAAUCGAAUAUCGGCAGAAGUACAUCAUCAAUCCGAGGACGUUAUUUCAUCAAACAACAAUAUUGCAAGUCAAUCUCCUACAGGGGAAAAAGAGAACAUUAUCGGCUCAGAAGAUUCGGAGGAAGACAGAGAAAUAAAUCUCAACAACAAUAAUGCUACGCUACCAGAAUCGCAGUCGAAGGCUGAUAGGUCACCGAGUCGUCCUACCUUAAGCCCAAUCAAAGCUCAGAGUCAAUCUACCCCCAAGUCCUCACGGUAUGGCGACAAAUUAUUCGCAACGCCUAUCAAAGUCAAAGGUAUAACUGGGACAGAUGAAACUCCACGCCUUCGACGCAACAUUGAUCGCUCGGCCAGAAGGAAGAGUACUAGAACCCUUAUUGAACGUACAGUAUUAGGCCUCAAUAGCGACAAUGAUGAUGAGGAAGAGGACAUUGCGAACCAGAUAUAUGAUUCAGACGAAGAUGGCGAAGUCAGGAUAGGCAACGGCGAUACAAUUCAAGUAUCGGAAGAUCUACGCGAACCUUCUACUCCCUCUAAGCGUGGACGGGGGCAAUUGAAAGGAACAAAGGCUCGGCAAAGAUCAUUGACACCACCUCAGGACCUUACAGCUCACGAAUUAUACUUCUCUCAAAAUAGGCCAGGGAGGUCCAAAACUGCGAAUUCCAAUCUAUCUUCUCUGGCAUUACUAGAUCACGAAGAAUACUUCAGUCUUGCUCGGAGCUACAAAGACCAGCACGAAGAUGAUAUGAACUUUCUCCAAGAUGUACAUGCCAAAUCUUUCAACCAAUGGCAAUUUGAGCUCGGCCAGGACUUCAACAUUUGUGUUUAUGGUUGGGGUUCAAAAAGGUCUCUUCUUCUCAAAUUUGCUGAACACAUCUAUAACACCAUGACUAAUCAUUCUCGGCAGAGAAUAGUCGUGGUGAAUGGUUAUGUACAAAAUCUCACAAUUCGAGAGCUUUUGAAUACAAUAGCCUGUUCUAUCUUUGGUCAUGGCACGAAAAUAGGUUCACAGCCCGCAGAAAUGCUUGAAAAUCUCACGAAUAUACUUGAUGGAGACAAAAGUCAACAUGUGACUUUAAUAAUCCAUUCUCUCGACGGAUCUGCUCUUCGUCGCCCUGCAUCCCAAACGAUACUCUCACGUUUGAGUUCUCACCCGCAGGUGCAUCUAGUCGUGUCUGUAGAUCACCCUUCCUUCCAUUUGCUUUGGGAUAGUUCGCUUCGCUCAGCCUUCAACUUUCUAUUUCACGAUUGUACAACUUUUCUACCUUACACAGUAGAAGUCGACGUUGUAGAUGAAGUACAUGAACUUCUGGGGAGGAGCGGACGCAAAGUAGGGGGUAAAGGAGGUGUAAGCUUUGUGCUCAAGAGUUUGCCUGAGAAUGCAAAGAAUCUUUUCAGAGUCUUGGUAGGGGAACAACUUGCAACUAUGGAUGAAAACCUCGUAGGUGAGCAUAAUGAUGACGAUGAAGAUGGCGUACAUGGAGCUGCUAGUAGGAAGAGUGAGCCUGGUGUAGAAUACAGGGUGCUAUACCAGAAAGCUGUUGAGGAGUUCAUUUGCAGUAAUGAAAUGAAUUUCAGAACGUUGUUGAAAGAAUUUCAUGAUCACCAGAUGAUAGAGAGUAGAAAAGAUGCUCUGGGGACAGAGGUACUAUUUGUACCUUUUAGAAAGGAGGAAUUGGAAAAUAUUCUUGAGGACAUUGUAUCGUAA